GCCGCCUAAUGCUAAAUAACACUACCAAUCCUUCUGCAACUUCUCCCGUCCGGUCUCCACUUCUCCAAUGGCAUCCGCCCCCUCGAAGCUCUACUCAGACGAUGUCAGCCUCGUUGCUGUCCUUCUCGACGUCAAUCCUUUCUUUUGGGCCGCGAGCGCGGGCGCUGGCGGUGGAAACCACACCGCCGCUGCGCUCACCUUUGCAAAAUUUCUCGACCAUGUGAUUCCGUUUUUGAAUUCUCUUCUGCUUAUGAAUCAGCUGAACCAAGUGGUUCUCAUUGCGACUGGCAUCAAUUCGUGCGGCUACAUCUACGAUUCCGGCAGCAGCCUCGAUGUAAGCGAUAAGGUGUCGGAGGUUUCAUCGGAGGUACUACGGAGGUUGGGGGAAUUCGUCUACAAAGACCGAAGGGUUGUGAAAGGCGCUGAGAGUGCCAUGGGCAGUAACGUGACUUCCCUGCUCUCUGGGUCGCUUUCUCUUGCUCUUUGCUAUAUACAGAAGGUUUUUAGGUCUGGCGCAAUACAUCCCCAGCCCAGAAUUCUGUGCUUGCAGGCAUCUCCAGAUGGACCAGAGCAAUAUGUUGCAGUGAUGAAUGCAAUAUUCUCAGCACAACGUUCCAUGGUGCCAAUUGAUUCAUGUGUGGUCGGAGUGCAACAUUCUGCAUUUUUGCAGCAGGCUUCAUAUAUUACUGGUGGAAUUUAUCUGAAGCCUCCACAAUUAGAUGGUCUAUUUCAAUAUCUCGCAGCAGUAUUUGCAGCUGACUUGCAAUCACGCUGUUUUUUGCAACUUCCAAAACCUACUGGGGUGGAUUUUCGGGCCUCAUGCUUUUGCCACAAGAAGACUAUUGACAUGGGAUAUGUCUGCUCAAUUUGCCUGUCCAUAUUCUGCCAACAUCACAGAAAGUGCUCAACCUGUGGGUCUGAAUUCAAUCAGGCACCUCUACCCACUAAUUCAACAUCAGAAACGAUGAGGUAAGCUCAAGAAUAAGAUCAGAGCUCUAAUUUCUAGCGUUGAAUAUAUAUAUAUAUUGCGAAACUGUCCAUUGAGAUAUAGGAGAUGAAACUUUGGAACUAAUUUUAAGGCGUUACAUAAAUCAGUUUUGGAAGAUUUACAUCAUGCCUGACAAUUCCUAUGUAUUUACAUUUCUAUUUCUUUUGACUUUAAUUUUUACCAUUAUACCAUUUAGGCUCGAAAAGUUGUGUUUUUUUCCCCCCUUUAAUAGUUGGUAGCAAAAGUCGUAUUUUUGAUGUGCUACGAACGAUUUGAGUGUUGUGAAUAUAAAAAUUGAAGUUUUAGAGGUUUGUUAUGUAAAUACAAAAGAAUUGUGUCGUAUGUAUGUGAAUGUUCGUGAUUUCUUAGACAAUCUACGGU